AUGCCGAUGCUGCUAAGGAAGGCCUGGGAUAUGGUGUCAUGGAGAUCCGAUUCAUCAACGUCAGCAUCAUCAUCAUCAACGACAACUUCUUCACCAAAAGUGGCACGUUCUGACAUGGGUGAAUUGGAGCAGCUACCCAAUGACAUUUUGAUGCAAAUUCUGAGGCUUUUGGGUCCAAAAGAUACUGCGAAAUUGAGUGUGGUUUGCAAGAGUUUGAGAUCCCAUGUGUCUGAUAAUAGACUUUGGGUUCACUUCCUUCAGACCCAUCAGGCUGAACCCUCUGGGGAUUCUGUUUUCUUUGCCGAGACCACCUUGAGUUCUGGCUACCCUCUUCCAUUGGAAUUUUGUGUUGUGGUGAUUGGUGCAUGUGUGGUUGGUGUGGUAGUGAUUCAAAUUUUAUGCCUUGGUCUUGCUUGUAAAUUUGAUGGAUUGUGCUGCUGGAGAUUGAAAUUGUGUGUUCUGGUGGGUGGUGCAAAUGCUAUGGGGUCAGUCUGCAUGUUUUUGGUGUUUUGUGCUUCUGUUUUGUUUGACGGGAUAACAUUCGUUGGCCACUGGCCCCAGCUAUCAUUCAAGCAUAUUUAUGGCCAGAGAGCACAAGUUCCUGGUUCUAUUAUUAUUGAUGGUGGUUCUGGAUAUUGUAAAUUUGGUUGGAGCAAAUACGAAUGUCCAUCUGGGCGAUCAGCGACGUUUUUGGAGUUUGGUAACAUUGAGUCUCCAAUGUAUACUAGGCUUAGACACUUUUUCGCAACUAUUUAUAACAGGAUGCAGGUGAAACCAAAUAAACAACCAGUUAUUGUUUCUGUACCAAUAUGCCAUUAUGAUGAUACUCAAUCAGCAAAAACUUCAAGACAACAGCUUAAAGAGGCAAUAUAUGCUUCCUUGUUUGACAUGAAUGUUCCUGCUGUUUGUGCUGUCAACCAGGCCACUCUAGCUCUGUAUGCUGCAAAACGAACUUCUGGAAUAGUUGUUAAUAUAGGUUUUCAAGUCACUUCUGUAGUUCCAAUUUUAAAUGGUAAAGUAAUGCGCAAGGUGGGUGUGGAAGUUGUGGGGCUAGGAGCACUGAAACUUACAGGAUUUCUCAGGGAAAAGAUGCAAUUGAAUAACUUAAGUUUUCAAUCUCUUUACACUGUUCGCACAUUGAAAGAGAAGCUGUGCUAUGUUGCACGUGAUUAUGAAGCUGAGCUAUCAAAAGAUACACAAGCAUCAUUUGAAGCUGCAGGAGAAGGAUGGUUUACCCUCUCAAAAGAGAGGUUUCAGACUGCAGAGAUCUUAUUCCAACCUCAUCUUGCUGGAGUGCAAGCCAUGGGUCUGCACCAAGCCAUAGGUCUCUGUGUGAAACAUUGCCACUCUGCAGAUUUACCAGGUGACAGUGAUUGGUACAAGACUAUAGUUUUAUCAGGGGGGACUGCAUGCUUACCUGGUUUGGCAGAAAGGGUAGAGAAUGAACUCCAUGCCUUACUUCCUCCCUACAUGUCCAAUGGAAUUAGAGUCAUACCUCCUCCAUACGGUGCUGAUACUCCAUGGUUUGGAGCUAAGAUUAUUGGCAAUUUAAGCACCUUUCCUGGUCAUUGGUGUGUCACAAAAAAGCAGUUCCGUCAAAAGCCUAGACUCAGUCUCAUAUGGUGA